AUGUCACCGUUAAUGUUGAAUUUGUACAUAUUUAAUUUUAGUUUUGUGACUACGUCAACAUUUGAUUUGUGGGAUCCGAGCCUACGUAAAACAUUAUCGAAUCCCGUAUCGAUCCAAUCAUUCGGAACGGAACAAAAUGCUAAAAAUUUGAAAAACGAUGGAAAUAGUAAAACAACAGCAACAGCAUCGGAAGAAAAAGAAGAUGAAAAAAAAAAUUGUUUGAAAAUAAUAUCAUCGUCGUCGGAUUUUACGUCACAACAACAUAAUAAUAAUAAUAAUAACGUUCGAAGAUACUCUAGAACGCCGAGUCCGACGAAAAGCAAAUUGAAUUUUUUAGAAAAUUUUAAAAACGUUUUAGGAAGGACAAAAAAUAAAAACGAUGACGUCAUAAAUGAUGAAAUUUACGUUAACGGUGUUAAAAUGGGUGAAAACGGUUUUGGAAACGUCGGUCCCAUCGAUAAAAUUUCCACGGGUCGGAUAUGGUCACCGGAAUCCCAUCAUAUCCUACAGAACGAGAGUGGAAUUAUUUUAGUACCUGGAUCAUUUGGAAAAGUCAUAUUCGAUUUUAAAGCCGUUAGACCGGAUGAUCUUCAUGUUAAAACGGGUGAUCACGUGAUCAUCGUCGAACACAAUUCGAAAAGAGGUUACCUCGUUAAACUUUAUUACGAAGAUGGUUUUUCAACGGGACCAGAAGGUUGGGUACCGGCUCACUGUUUAUCACCACUGGUCGAAAAUCAAAGGAAACCCUGGUCUUUCCGGUUUCGUAAACCUCCGACGCCGACGGCCAUUUUUACACCGCCGAGAGAAAAACGUCUCGACGAUGCCAUUUACAGAAUGUCGGAUUCAACGAAAAGUCUUAUUUUUCAACCUGAAUUAAUCGAAAGGUUAAAAGAUGUCGUCGUGGCAUUAGGUGAAAGAGCACAGCUCACGUGUAGAAUGAGACCCGUGGCGAGACCGGAAGACGUUUCCAUAACUUGGAGAUUCGGACCCAUGGAUACGAGUAGCGUGAUAAGAGCAGGUGGAAGGUUUAGCAUAAGGUUAUCACCCGAAGGUUUUGCAACUUUAUCAAUUUGUCAAACACGUUCGGCCGAUAAUGGACAAUACACGUGCACCGUUACCAAUAGCGCGGGAAGCGUUUCUUCUUCUGCUUUCUUAACCAUAACGAGUCCAGAAAAAUCAGACGAACCGGAAGAAGAAAGUGAUACGAAUUGGGAAGCGGAACAAUUUCGUAAAAGAUAUGAAGAAUUAGAAGAACUCGGAAAGGGUAGAAUGUCCGUCGUGAAAGCAGCCAGAGAUAGGUCGACGGGUCACGUGGUCGCUGUCAAACAAAUCAAUCGUAAAUAUCAAAGUCCGGAAGUGACGAGAGCCGAAUACGAAUUGUUGGCAACACUGAGACAUUCUCACCUACCUCAAGCUUUGGCACUUUUUACAAACGCUCCUAAUCCAAAUACGGAUUCGAUAAUAAUGGAAUUAGCGAAAGAAUCUUUAUUCGAUUUCGUCUGCCGCCACGACGAAUACAGUGAGAAAACGGUUCGACGAGCUCUACGACAGCUUUUAUCGGCUUUGGCUUGUUUACAUCUUCACGGUGUCAUGCAUUUAGACGUUCGGCCGGAAAACAUACUCGUAGACGGAAACGGAGAAAUAAAAUUAGUCGAUUUAGGUGAGGGUGUGAGAAGGAAUUCCGUACCUGGAUCCGUACUACCACCCGUGAGUUUAGAAUUUGCAGCACCGGAAAUGGUUUUGGGUAAAUCAGCAACGAGUCAAUCCGACAUGUGGAGCGCUGGAGUUUUCUUUUAUAUUUUUCUAAGCGGCGUGUCUCCUUUCCUCGAUGAAACAAUCGAAGAAACCACGAGUCACAUAUUACAAUGUGAUUUUUUUUACGCUUACGAACAUUUUUCAAACGUUUCGGAUGAAGCCAAAUCCCUUGUUUCGGCACUGUUGCAACUCGCACCGCAGCAAAGGUUAAACGCAGCCGCUUGUUUGUUGGAUCCGUGGUUUCAAAGCGUGAGUAAAAAAAUUUUUUUUUUUUUAUGUGAGACGGGAAACGUUUGGAAAACGGAAAAAUUAAAACGUUUCAUGGAACGUCGCGUCCCAACGAUGAUAACCCUAACGAAUUCAUCUCAUAUAUGA